AUGAAGUUGGCCACGACCUCCUCCUACGCCGUAACCCUCCUCGUCGGACUGGUUACCGCUUCUCCGCUAGCCGACUCGUCCCUUGCCAAACGAGGCCUAAUACCCCCUUCCGAAUUCCAGAAGGAACAAUCGGAGCUUGCCAGCUGCCUCGAGCGUUUCUGCCAGCCGGCCAACGGAGUCAGACACAGCGGCUGGGCCACCGGGCAGGUGAGCGGGAUCAACAAUAAAGCGGACCUUGAGCAGGGCUUGAAGGAGUGCAAGCGUGGCUGUAUCCGGGGCAUUGUGAAAAACGUCCAGAAGCCGGAGGAGGGGAAAAGUGUUGAUGCCGUUAUAGAUGGGCUGAUGGCCGACGAGAACGCAAAGGGAUACGAGGUCGGGCCUGUCCAGAAGAUUUGUUGGGAGGUGGGCGACGAACGGUGUCGAACGGAUCAAGAUACGACCGAGGAUGAGGAGGAUGAUUUCCCCUAA